UGUGUGUGUUGUGAGUGCUCAGCACAGAGGUGCUGCUGGAGAGUUUAGAUUGGACUCUCUGGUGGAGUUUCCUCUCUAACAGGAAGCUGAUUUCCUGCACUUGCUGUGGCGUCCUGCCCGACUCCAGGGGGCUAACAGACGAAGAUCAAGCCAGUCCUGCCCACACACACACACGUUCACACACACACACACACACACACACACACCCAUUCCCAUGCAUUCACACCACCACAGAUACAAACACACUCGCUCACAGCAUCAGACGACAUGGACUAUGAACCCAAGAAGGCCAAAAAGGGAUUUGUUUCACCUAUUAAGCGCCUGGUCUUCCCCAAGUCAGCCCGGAGGCAGGCAGACAGAGGCAGUGUGUAUCGCAGGCCUCUCCACACGGUGCCUCUCUUCCCACCUGACUUCCUCAUCCACCCUGAACGCCUCAUCUACGACUAUGUGGAGAAAGAGGUCAAGUUCCUGGGUCAUCUGACAUGGGUGUCGUGCUCCCUGAACCCCUCCAGCAGGGAUGAACUGCUGCAGCUUCUCGACACUGCCAGGAAGUUGAAGGUUCUGCCUCUGCAGACAAGUGUGGAGCAGGACUGCAUCCUCAGUCUCUCUGCACGCUGUCUGUUGCUCACCUGGAGAGACAACGAGAAGCUGCUGCUGCGCAUCCCCACACAUGAGAUUGCUGCUGCCUCCUACCUGAGAGAUGAUGCACUGCACCUUCUGGUGCUUAAAACAGGUCUGAAUGUUGACACUGUUCUUGCCAGCGGUUCUCUUGAGAAAAGACCUACAGGUCUUGAGACCCGCAGGCAGACUGUAAGCAAUGCUGACCCCCGGCCUGCAGGGGGCACUAUGGAGAGGCGGCACACCAUCUGUGGCGUGGACUGGAAAUCCUCUCGCCAUGAGUCCAAACAGAGUGGCACCAACACAAGUGGAGCAGGAACUGUAGGAGGUGGGGGCAACAGUGGUGGUGGUGGUGGUGGUGGUAGUCUGGAACGGAAGCAAGUUGGGGGCAGCUGGGAGAGACGCCAAACCCGGAAGCCAUGCGGAGGAAGCUGGGAGAAGAGACCCAUGAGUGGAAGCUGGGAGAGAAGGAUUGUGGGGGGAAGCUGGGAGAGGCGUGGUCCAGCAGGAGGAGGAGUUGGGGGAAGUUGGGAGAAGAGGCACGGGCCUGGAGGCAAACCUGGGGGUAGCUGGGAAAGGAAACAUGGGCAGGGGGGAAGCUGGGAACGCAGGCACGCCUGCAUGGGGAGCUGGGAAAGGGGCAAGUCUUGUGGCAGCUGGGAGAGGAGAAACCACAACCCACUGGAACCCAUCCCAUGCCCUGAUGCUUACUGCAACCUGGUCAUACUGGCUGUGGAGAACAGGGAUGCUGCAGAAGAGUACUGCGCCCUCAUCUGUCAGAUGUUUCAAAUCAUCUACGGACACCAGACUAUCGAGUGUGUGGACAGAGCGGGGUAUCACUACACCAUGCCUGAUCGCUACUGGCUGCAGAGGAGUGACAGCUGCCUGACAGAUAUGACAUAUGGAUAUGAUACGGACUUCAGCGGCUGCAGCUCAUACGAUGGCUCUCAGGACGCCUUCGAGUCCUACUACAGCGAGAACUACAGCGAGAGCUCCUCCCUCUCCUAUCAGGACUCCCAUCGCAGUCUGGCCUCCAUACACAGCGACUCGGAGCCCAGCAGUGCUAGUCUACAGCUCAUGCAGGAGUACAUGAUUACGUUGCGGAGUAAGCUGAUGCCUCAGGAGAUCCAGCAGUUCGCCCUGUUGCUGAGGGAGUACCGCGUAGGUGCUCCCAUACAUCAGUUCUGCUCAGACCUUCUGCAGCUCUACGGAGACUCGCGCAAGUUCCUUCUGCUAGGUAUGAGGCCCUUUAUCCCUGAUCAGGACGUGGGGACCUUCGAGACAUUUCUAGAGGGGAUCGGCAUCCGAGAGGGCGGCAUCCUGACGGACAGUUUCGGAAGGAUCAAGCGCAGCAUGAGCAACACGUCAGCUACAGCCGUGCGGGGUUACGACAGCUGCUCCCUGCCGUGCGGCUCACACGACUUCAACCGCAGAAUCACUGACAUCACGCACGACAUCGAGGCACUGGGCUUUGAGGAAGGGGAUGGAGACAUCGAGGAGGAGGACUACUAUCUCUGAGAGAUGAUGGGAUGAAAGAAAAAGAGAGGGAGAAGCGGGAGAGGCUGAGACAGAGAUAGAUUAUCAAAGGAAAACAACUCAUCCAUUAAAAAAAUUCAUAAUAAUUUAAUUUAAUUUAAUAAUAUCACAACCUACAUUCAAACAAACUCCAAAGGUGGUUUCAGAUUUGCACUCACCUCAUUCUCACAUGUUCCAAAGAAUAAUUUGCAGUAGAUAGUAAUUCAAAGUGGAUAUUACAAUAUUAGUAUGUUAUUAGUAACUAUAGUUACUAUAUUUUCAUGGCAUUUUCUAAAAUUCAUAAUAGAUCAUUCAUAGCAGUUACUGAAUAAUGCCUCUUAGAUACUGAAUUGUUCCUAUUAAUUACUAAAUAAUGCAUUUAUGAUGCUGGAUUGUUCAUAGCAGUUACUAAAUAAUGCAUUUUAAAUACUCAUAAAUAAAGUCACAACAGGUAAUAAAUAAUCAAUAGUAUCUAUUAAAAAAUAAAUACUGGCUACUGAAUAAUUUAUAGGGCUACUGAAUCCAUAAUUUCUACUAAAUAAUUUAUAGUAGCUGCUGAAUUAUAUAUAGUAUCUACUGAAUAACCAAUAGUAGCUGCUAGAUAAUUAAGGGUAGCUACUAAGUAAUUAAUAAUCACUACUGAAUAUUUCCUAAUAUGCAAUCCAUAGUAGUUGCUGAAUUAUUUAUAAUAGGUUCUAAAUACGUUAAACUCCAUGUAUUAGCUACUAAAACAUCCUUAAUAGCUACUGAAUAAUUCUAAGCAGCUACUAAACAUUUAUAGUAACUACUGGAUAAUUAAGCAAUAUUCACAGUGACCACAGAAUAAUGGUAUAUGGUAACGUCUUCUUUAAUCAUAACAGUAACUAAACCAUUAAAAUAGCUGCUAAUUUAUUCAUAGUAGCCACUAAAUUACUGUAUUUUUCACACUCUAAGACAUCUAAAAUCUGUUAAUUUUCCCAAAAAUCGGCAGUGUGCUUUUAAUCCGGUGUGUUUUAUGUAUAAAUUUUACUAGUCAGAUUGUAAGGAGCAGUAAAGCCACUCUGCUGAAGUACAGCGUUAUACAAGAGUUUCAGUUUGUAGUUCUCCAGGCCCGAUACUUGAGCAAUUAUUAGCAUUACCCGCUAAGCGCUAGCUCUUUCACUGUUCAGAGGUGAGUAUUAUCAGCUCCUAGACCCGGCUAGCACUGCUGGAGCGGUUAGCCGCUAAUGCUAGUGCUAAUGCUCCACUCUAUUGCUGGAGAAAUUCAGAAACCUAAGCUUACUGUAAACAAAAGAAAGCGUUUUACUCACCUUAAUAAACAGUUUUCAGGAGAGAAAUCUGUGUAGAUUAACUUCCAGCGCUCAUUUUUUAAAGUUCUAGGUCUAUUUUUUAAUACAGUUUUGUUUACUUAGCUUAGCUUUACUUAACAUAGCUAGCUACCUCCCCACCACCACCCAGCAGUGAGACCUGCUGCAUUAGAAGUUCCUUAUAGUAUCUUGUAAAAUGCGGUUUAUAAUCUAAUGUGUUUUAUGUAUGAAAUUAGACCAGAAAAUAGACGUUUAUUGAUAUGGUGCGCUUUAUAGUGCGAAAAAUAUGGUAUUCAUGUUAGCUGUAGAAUAAUCUGUAGCAAUUACGGAGUUAUUUAUAAUGGUAUUGCCUAAAUAAUAACACAUUUGUUUGGGUUAAAGUCAAAUUUCAAGCAGGAUCUGCAGUGCAGAGGGGACAAAAUAUGCUGUAUUAAUACAGACUGACCAACAGACCAACAAACAGACUUACACUAAAUACAAACACCCUAAGAAAUGUAAUGCUUUGAAUUAGCCUGAUUCUUAGUGUGCAUUAUUUGUCCAGGAAUAAAAUAAAUAGGAAUAAUAAAUAUAUCCUGCAUCAGCACAGGAUUGCAUUGCAGAGGCAAUGAUACAGCACAGGCAUACGUUAAAGAACCGAGAGGAUGAGGGACAGGGAGUGACUCAGUGCAGAACAGGACGGAACGUACGGCACAAAACGUUCUUUGAUGAAGGGAUUCACAUACAUCAAAAAACUGAGAGAGAGAGAGAGAGAGAAAGAGAGAGAGGGGUUGUUUCUGCUUACUGCACACUAAUCUGUAAGACCCUGGGGCUGGCUGACUCUGCCUGCGCAGCGCUCCAGUCCACAGAGGAAAAAAGACAGAAAAAAAGGAUGAAAAGCCCAGCACUGCUGAGCUGCUGACAUUCUGGGUGCCAUCAUAACCUCGCCACAGUACGCUGACCGCCUCCAGUCCACGCCAGGGCUGAUGGGUACCAUGCGCACAGACCCUGAGGGUUAUCAAAGGGCACCUAGAUCUGGGAGGCUAAUCAUGACUUAUGUAAUCAGCCUGUGUGGGAUUUUUUCAGGGGGAGGGGGAGUGUUAUUAUUAUAGCUCUUCUCACCCUGGAAAUACAUUUCAAACCUAUUCCUAAACACUGACUCAUAUACAGUUACCCUGUUCGAUUAUGACAAUGACUAUGAUAUAUGUAUGUGUAUGAAUCUUGGUGAAAUACACUGAGAUUUGCUGUAUUGUCUCUUUUUUGAAGAGAAACUAUUUGUAUCAUAUCACUAGAGCCAGCACUGGUGGAACACAGUAUUUGUGGGUUGCCUGUCCAGGCAAUAUAUGUCAAUAAAUGUUACUUUUU